UAAUAGUCUGCUUCUUACCAUGCCCUACUUUAACUGAGGCCGUAAAGUAGAUGAGAUAGUUUUUGAAAAAGGUAUUAUAGACGCUCAGAUUAAUAGCCAAUAGGUGCAAAAGUAUUUUAAAACAAAAUGUUCCAAACCGGCCAUGCUUGUCUGUUGCUCAGGAUGAAGGGAAGUGCAGGCCCCUUGAGGCACUGAAGUUAGAAGGUGCUGAAGUGGGGCCGGAUUUAAGCCUCGGCAAACCAUUUGUCUUCAAGUGCAGUCCCCUGGCUGGGAGUCGGGUUUUCUACUUUUGUGCUACAUCAAACCAGGAAAUGAAAAGAUGGCUUGAGGCAAUGGAGAGAGCAGUUCACCCUGUCACUCAGAAUCAUGUGUGGGUGGAUGUCUCUAGACACAAUGCCAGCCUCCCCCCGUUGGCAAUCAAAAAUCCUGAAUGUCUCGGUCUCCUUCACCAAAUGGACAAAAACAAGGACAUUUGUGUGCAACACUAUUGCAUAUUAAAAGACGGAUGUCUGUAUUUCUAUGCUGGCCUUCGUUCAACGUACGCUCUUGGAGGGAUCUACUUACAUGGGUAUACAGCGAGUGAGCAGUCCCUUGGCUCCCGUCGCACUGUGAUUGAAGUUAAACCCCCUUCUGAAGAGUUUAAAACCUUCUACUACGGUGCAGAGAAUGCAACUGAAAACAAACGCUGGAUUUCAGCAAUAAACGCAUCAAUUAGCAAGUGGCUGCCUUUACACCAGGCUGUUCAUGACUUCAUGAACCGCCCCCCCGAGGAGACACGGAUGUGAAGACACGCCCCCUGCAGAUUGACUUGUACUGUGUAAUUUGCCAACAAGCAGCUACUUUUUUUUAACUUUAUCAAGUGCACUCUAUUGUUUGAGAAUGUGGGUUUCUUGAAAGCCAGUGCAUUGGCCAGUAGUAUUAAGGAAGUUAUGUUAAGAUGUCAUGUUAGAAAAUGGAAAGUAAACAUCUGGAUGGGCUUUAUGUUUAAUCAUUUGUGUAAUUGUUUAUCAUGCAGGUAUUAAUGUAUAAUUAAAUGGAUGGGUUAUCUAAAUAUUUGUGUGUUUAUAAGUAAAAAGCACUGUAAUAUGCAGUACAAUAUAUUGGUUUAUAAUUUCCAUUUUUGAUAUUUACUCAUUUCCUUAUUUCUGUGCGUGGUAGUCAGUGCAUAUAUAAAAAGUGAAUACAUACUCAGUACAGUUCUUGAAAGUAAGUCAGAACCUUAUUAUGCAAAGAUCCUUAACCCUAAUCCCAACUUUAUAUUUACUUUAGUUUUUAGUGACCCAUUGGCCAUUAUAUUUUUGUACAUAAACAAUUAAAAUAAAACUAAUGUAAAUACCAAUAUCUGUUUAUGCUUUCUCAUUU